AACCCAGCCGACAGCUUUCCCAUCUCGACAAAAUGACUCUUAAGCGCAGAAACAACGGACGCAACAAGCACGGACGUGGUCACGUUAAGCCCGUUCGUUGCUCCAACUGCUCCCGCUGCGUCCCCAAGGACAAGGCUAUCAAGAGGAUGACCGUCAGGAACAUGGUCGAGUCCGCCGCUAUCAGGGAUAUCUCCGAGGCUUCCGUCUACCCUGAGUACGCUCUCCCCAAGCUUUACAUCAAGCUCCACUACUGUGUCUCCUGCGCCAUCCACUCUAAGGUUGUCCGUGUCCGUUCCCGUGAGGGUCGCCGCAACCGUGCCCCUCCCCCGAGGGUCAGGUUCAACAAGGACGGCAAGAAGAUCAACCCUUCUGUUGCUGCUGCCAAGGCUCUCUAAAUG